UGGUGAUCCUCUCCCUGAUCCGACGCGUUAUCGUCAUCUUGUUGGCAGUCUUGUCUAUCUAGCUGUCACUCGUCCGGACAUCUCUUAUCCGGUUCAUAUUCUGAGUCAGUUUGUCUCUGCCCCCACCUCGGUUCACUAUAGUCAUCUCCUUCGUGUUCUUCGAUAUCUUCGAGGCACGAUCUCUCACCGUCUAUUCUUUCCUCGCUCCAGUUCUUUACAGCUCCAGGCCUAUUCGGAUGCUACGUGGGCUAGUGAUCCUUCCGAUCGCCGUUCACUUUCUGCUUACUGUGUUUUUCUUGGUGGUUCUCUCAUUGCCUGGAAGACGAAGAAACAGCUUGCAGUUUGCCGUUUGAGUGCCGAGGCUGAGUUGCGAGCAAUGGCUCUUUUGACGGCAGAGGUGACUUGGUUACGGUGGUUACUUCAGGAUUUUGGUGUUUCUGUCACUACACCGACUCUGCUUUUAUCUGACAGUACAGGUGCUAUCAGCAUUGCACGCGAUCCUGUGAAGCAUGAGCUCACCAAGCAUAUUGGUGUUGAUGCUUUCUAUGUGCGCGCUGCUGUGCAGGAUCAGGUUAUUGCUCUUCAGUAUGUGCCUUCCGAGUUACAGUUGGCGGAUUUCCUGACGAAGGCUCAGACUAGAGCACAACAUGGCUUUUAUCUCUCCAAACUCAGUGUUGUUCAUCCACCAUGAGUUUGAGGGGGGGUGUUAGAGUUAUAAUAUAAGUCAUGUACCCCUUUGUAUUUAUCUCGUUGUAUGAGGGGUUUCCUGCAUAUGUUCCACACCUGUACAUGUAUAUAUAUAUCGGCCUAUGGCCUCAUGGGAAUACAAGUUGCAUAUUCCUAACAGUCUCAUAUGCCUCCUGGACAGAAUGAUAGCUGUUCUGGACUAUUUGGUGAUUCUUUCAAGCUGAAAGGGAAGUUCUCUGUUGAAGAGAUACUUAAUACCGAGUUUCAUGAAGGAAGUAACAGUAACGAAUUGAUUGGAAGUUUUUCUGGAGAUGGAUUCAACUUUGCAGCAGGAGAAUGUUCUGUUCCAUAUAGGGAGUCCCUAAUUGACCUCCAUGAAAAUAGGCAAUCAAAAUUUGUUGUCCCAGAAAGUGGCAUUGCAAGCGUGAUAGAAGCUGAAGUACCAAUGGAGGAUGCUAUUUCUUCACAAAAUUCUUCUGUUUCUUCUCAACAUUCGCCAGAUUACCCUUUUCACAGAACUGAUCCAAUGGGGUUCAGUUUGUUGCCAUACUUCCCAGAAAAGGACCACAUGGUGAUAAAUUUACCCAAUAGGAUGACAAGUUCAACUGGACAUGCAGAGCAUCCACCAAUGCAAGAUUUCCAGAACAUGCAUAAUGAUAUGGUCGGAUCAUCAGAAUAUGGAGUUAAUCUUCUUCCAGUCCCAGGUGUGAAUAAAGAUGUGUUGUUUGAUCUAAACAGAACUUAUCAGGCUUACGCCUCCUAUCUCCAGAAUGGCCAUGUGGAUUCGACGAGUGUUCCUUUUGUCAGCCAUCUGGACAAUUCAUUCUGCACAGGCCUUGAUAGCAUGUUUCAUCCAAAUAUUACACAACCUGAGGAUAGUUUUUAUCAGUUACCAUCUGCUUCUAGCAUGUCCAACAGAAAUAAAACCAGAGAGGCUGAUUGUUCAAGCAAUGUUCUAUAUUGUAUGGACGAGUCACUAGUCCAGCAGAAGUCCCAUUUUCCUACCGAGCCUUCGCAAAAUGAGAAUUUUUCACCAAUAAUGAAACAAAACUUUCAGCCAUUAAUUAGUUCAGUGGAUGAGUCACUUUCUAAAGAACAGUUAUUUUGUGAAUACAAAUUUUCAAGCAAGGACAUUGAAGUUCCAUUUGCGCAACAGCAAGAGUGUUCAAAUUCGCAAGAGGUAUACAGAACAAGGGCAAAGCAAAUGGACGGUCAGUCAGGAUGCAGCCAACCCCAACUGGAAAACAUUAUCAGACUUCAGGCAGAAACAUGUGAAAAUUAUUGUUCUUCAAACUUGUGUGAAAACCUGAAUGCUCAUUCACAGGUCUCACAGGGAGUUGCAGAUCCCAUAAGGAAAUCAAAAGUUAGUCAAAAAGGUUCAUCGGAAGUUCCUACAGAUGAAUCAAAAGGAAAGACGGUGUGUGGGCCUACAGAGAAAACUUAUGAUUGGGAAAAAAUACGAAAAGAAUUGUUCGCCAAUAAUGGAGAUAAACCAAGAAGUCCUAAUGCAAAAGAUUCGGUUGAUUGGGAAGCAGUACGGCAAGCAGAUGUGAAAGCCAUAUCUGAAACCAUUAGAGAGCGAGGACUGAACAAUAUGCUAGCAGGCCGAAUAAAAGAAUUUCUAAAUCGAUUGGUGAGAGACCAUGGAAGCAUUGAUCUUGAAUGGCUGAGAGAUCUCGAACCAGAAACAGCAAAGGAGUUCCUUCUAAGCAUUAGAGGGCUUGGACUCAAAAGUACUGAGUGUGUUCGCCUUUUGACACUAGGUCAUGUAGCUUUUCCGGUGGACACAAAUGUUGCUCGGAUAUGUGUCAGGCUUGGCUGGGUGCCUCUUCAACCUCUGCCUGACUCUCUUCAACUGCACCUAUUGAAACUUUAUCCCGUGCUGGACCACAUACAGAAAUAUCUUUGGCCUCGACUAUGCAAGCUUGAUCAGUUUACUUUGUACGAGCUUCACUACCAAAUGAUAACUUUUGGAAAGAUUUUCUGUACCAAAAGUAAGCCUAACUGCAAUGCAUGCCCCAUGAGAGCUGAGUGUAAGCACUUCGCUAGUGCAUUUGCAAGGUAAUCUCUUAAAUUGCAUGAUAUCCUUGUUACUUCAGCUAUUAACCAGCUACACAAUAUUUUUUAGACCUUAGAUCAUGGAGUAUAUAUGAAGGAUGAUAUUCUCUAUCUAUUGCAAUUCACAAUUGUAGCUCUAGACUAUGUGUAUGAUACGAGCAACCUUGGCACAACUAUACACGACCUGAUUAUUUUCUAAUCAUAAGAUAUAGUUACAUUUAUACUGGAGUGUAAAUCAGUUCUCCCUAGUUUAAAAUUUGAUUGAAAUUAUCGGGCUAGCAUUAAUGAAAAGCUCAUACCUAUUCGAUUUUCUGUUCACGCACUUACCUGUUCUACUAGCUUGAUAUUCAAAUGGUGAGUUUUAUGUGAAUUUUGAGAUUUCGUGGAAUCCAAAUUGUAUUUUGCUGACAUGUCACUAACAAUAAUGUGUGUAAUACAGUGCAAGGCUUUUGCUUACUGGUCCU